AUGGACAUGAAGCUGUCAAACUGACCCCGAACAUGACUGAAGAUCAUAUUUUAGCCCUAAUCUGCUCUUCCUCGGAAUUCGCACAAAUUCAGGUGAUUUUUUUUGGAUUUUUUUUUAUUUUUUUGGAGGUGAUAUUGAUUUAGAUGAUUUUUUUUUAUUUUUUUGUGAUUUUGACGUUAUUUGUUGGAAUUUCAGUGUCGCGAAACCGAAAUGGCCGACCUGGACAUGCUCAUGUCGGGAUGCAUGCUCCCCUUGAGAGGCGGUGGACUGGCUACGUCGCAAGGAAAUGUCAAUUGUCGACUUUAGGUAGGCGGUUUUUGAUUUUGGAAGAAAAAAUGUUGAACGAUUUAAUUUAUUAAUUUUUUUCAAAGCUCAAAAAAAAUUUAUAAGGAAAGUACUUUUACGGAGUAUGGAGUUACAGGUCGAGACACAUAUCAAAAAAUUGCAAAAUUUUUCUGAUUCAGAAUAAGUAAAAAUUAGCUGCCUUAUUUUGGUUGGUAACGGCGAAAAAAACCCUCAGAACUUUUCUCCCAACGCCAUGCCUUUUUGACCAAGUUUUUACCAAUUCAAAAGCUUUGUUUUGAGCUAAAGUGGUGGGCCUGAUCCAGUGGCAAAAAACGUACCGUUUUGCAUUCAGUAAGUAUUAAAAAAUGUGGCAAAAUACCUCCCUCUACAAGUGGAAAAACUUCGUUUUGAAGGCCCCUCACAAAAAGAGCGGGCGCGCAUUUGAAAUGUGAGUUUUUUUCACUUGUAGAGGGAGGUAUUUUGCAACAUUUUUAAAUACUUCCAGUAUGCAAAAUGGUGGGUUUUUCCCACUGGAUCAGGUCCGCCAAUGUAAGGUAAAGCCUGGCAUCUUUGACUGUUUUAAGAUUUGUAAAGAUGCCAGGAUUUGUUUUAGCCCAAAACAAAGCUUUUAAAUUGGUAAAAACUUGGUUAAAACGGCAUUUGCGUGGUGUUGGGAGAAAAGUUCUGAGCUUUCGCCCUUACAAACCAAAAUUGGGCAGCUAAUUUUUACAUAUUCUGAAUCAGAGAAAUUUUGCGGUUUUUUGAUGUGCCUCGACCUGUAACUCCAUACUCCAUAAAAGUACUUUCCUUGUAAAAAAAAUUUUCUGAGCUUUGUAAAAUCUUAAUUAAUUAAUUUUAAAAAAAUUUCACUUUGGUUUUUUACGAUUUUUUUUUCAGAAUUACAUCUCCCGCGUCGAGCCCAGCUUCGCGCUGCAAUCGGAGAUGUUCUACAUCUAGUAAAACGCCUCCCGCGUGGCCCGCGCCUUGUUCGAGAUCACGCUGCGCAAGAAUUGGGCCUUCACCGCCGUCCAAUGCCUCGAAUUCUCGAAAUGCAUCAACCGCCUCUGGAAGAACUUCAACAGCCCGUUGCACCAGGUGGUCGACGUGUGACUGCUGAAGGACUUGGUGUCGGAAAAAUCGAAGCCAAACGAAACCUCGACUUUCCUGGACCUCCUGGAUUACGACCAGAAGGAACUGGGCGCACAGUUCAAUUGUGA